AUGACUCGCCAUGGAGACUGUCUCAGACUGUGUACUUACAACGCGAGAACAGUUCCCACAGACGCUGACCUGCAUGCCCUUCUCGGAGCUGCAGAGCGUAUCAAAUUUCACGUGAUUGCUCUGCAGGAGACCAAGUGCAGAAGGAUCGACGUACGACAGAUGAAUGACGGUACACUCAUCAUUUGUGGAGAGAAGGUUGCGUCGCGAAAUGUAGGCGGUGUUGGUUUUGUUGUGCACCCAUCUGUCGCCCAUCUCGUCGAUUCUCACGAGAUUCUGUCACCUCGUCUGGCCAUUUUUCGCCUCCGCCCUCUGCGCCAAAAAUCCAUCAGUAUCAUCAACUGCUAUUCACCAACAUCAGCAGCUGAUGAAUCCGAAUUGGACGCGUUUUACGAGGAGCUGGAGGAAGUAGUCCGCAACGAGAAGUCCUUCUACAAAUUCGUUAUCGGAGACUUCAACGCAAAACUAGGAAAGGCCACAGAAGAGGAAUACAGGAUUGGAAGAUUUGGACUAGGAGACCGGAAUGAAAAUGGCAAUCGUCUCGCUGGGCUGUUGUCCGCCGCUCGCCUCUUUCAUGGGAACUCUCUUUUCAUGAAAAAAGAUCAUCGUCGGUGGACAUGGGAAUCGCCCAAUGGCGCGACUUGUGCGGAGAUCGACCACAUACUCACCAACCGGAGUGGUUCUGAUCACCGUCUCCUUCGUGCGAAAAUACGACUUAGCCACACGAUCGAAAAGAACAUCUGCUAUCGGCAACGAAGGAGAAAAGAAGUCGUCUACGACGAUUGCGUACUCGAGGACUCCCUGUCCCAAGGUGACUGGCACAUCGAGGAGGACCCAAACGUGGACUACGAGAUGCUGCCCAGAGGAUUACGAGCCUGUGCUGAACGUGCCUCGAAGCCCCGCACGACAAACUUGGAUCGAAUUUCGAAGACCACCAAGGAAUUGUUGGAAAGAAGAAGGGCUUUGAGGCUUGAUCCGAAUGCGUCGCACACUGAGCGAACGCUGGAUGAAGCCCAGCCUCAAGAACAAGCUGGAUUCCGCCAGGGGUUCAGCUGCUUGGACCACAUCCAGACCUUGUCGAGGGUCAUAGAGGUUUGCCGGGAAUACCGCCUGCCCCUUGUUCUAACCUUCGUCGACUAUGAGAAAGCCUUUGACAGCGUAGAAACGAAUGCAAUACUGUCAGCGCUGGUCGACCAACGUGUGGACACUUCGUAUGUGAGGACAUUAGCCAAUCGCUACGAUCGAUGCACGACUAGGAUACAGCUUUUCCACCGCCCUCUCACCAUACCCAUUGGAAAGGGGGUUCGACAAGGCGAUACUAUAUCGCCGAAGCUGUUCACAGCUGCAUUGCAAUGGAUAAUGAAAUCACUAUCCUGGGAAGAAAGGGGCAUACGUGUUGAUGGAAGAUUUCUUUCGAACCUUCGUUUCGCGGACGACAUCGUUCUCUUUUCGAGCAGUACCAAUAAAGCAGAAACGAUGCUCAACGAAUUGAACGAAGCAGGGAAGAGAAUAGGACUACGAAUAAACAGAAAGAAGACACAGUUCAUGAAGAACGCCUACUGCGAGGACGGAGGAGUACAACUUGAAGGCUCCCAAAUCGUGGAAACUCCGUCAUACGUAUACCUUGGACGUUCAAUGAACAUGGAAAACGACUUGAAAGAAGAACUAAAUAGAAGAAUGAGAGCAGCAUGGGCAGCAUUCGCAGCCGUCAGGGAAGCUACGGACCAACUGACGGACCAAGAUCUUCGUGCCCAUCUGUUCGACUCGACAGCCCUUCCAGCGCUCUGUUACGCAGCGGAGACGUGGGCAGACACCGCGGCCACGUCUAGGAAGCUACUUACUACCCACAGAGCCCUUGAGAGAUGUCUCCUGAAGUUUAACCGGCGCACACAACACCUAGCCGGUUUUCGUAGCUCCGACUUAAGAGGAAUGUCCCGUCUUCGCGACCCAGCGGAAUAUGUAUCGAAAACAAAACAUAGAUGGGCCGGUCACAUCAUGAGAAGAAUCGACGAUAGAUGGACUAAAAGAACGCUAGAGUGGAUCCCAAGGGGCGCUAAACGCUCCCGAGGGAGACCGCCAACGAGAUGGGGUGACAUGUUCGCUACACGGAUGGACCAGCUGAGAGCUCAGCUGGAUACGGCUCAAGGACCUCGUCAACGUCACUCACGAAGCUUGAGAACAUCUUGGAUGACAAUGGCGAGGGAACGAAACGAGUGGAAGAGAUGCUGGAGCCCGCACGUCCAGUGA